ACGACAGUCUGCCGGCAUUCUAACACUUGAUGUCGGCUGAAAGAAAAGCCAGCUGUAUGCGCCAAACCUCACGUUCGACAGCUCAGUUUCUUCCAGAAUUUCGAACCGGUCGCAACGCUAGUCGUUCUCCGCUUCCGUUCAGUGAUUUUUGGGAUUCAGUGGGGGAGUUCGAAGGGCUCAUAUUCCCAGGUCGUUUCGAUUUUGGGGAAAAUGGAGACCAAUUUCCAUGGAAAUUUAACGGGGGAGAAAAAUUCGGUGGGAGGUCACGAAUGGACAACAUCACCUCCACUGACACCAGAAGAAGAAGAUGCAGUAGUGACUCUCGUUAUCAUAGUCCUCGGCGUAGUUAUAGCGAUUAUCGUACUUUUUUCAAUGGGGGUUUUCCUCGACUGCAAACACCAAAGGCAUGAUUCAAGGAGAAAGAAAACACGGUUGAGGAUGAAGAUGCCUCUGUCUCCUCUGAGGAAAGACCCGGAAGAUGGUAAAGCCCUCGCGUCGGACAUGUAUCUCGGUGGAACGACACAAUUCGGGGCGAUAAAAAUGACAGAAGACGCAGCCGUUUGACAUCAGUAAUCCCAGAAUCCAAUAGACCGAUAAAUAACA